AUGUCAACUCCUGAGGAUGAAAUCAAAGAUCUUCGGGAAAAAAACAAUGAAUUGGUCCAGAAGGUGCAAUAUUGGAAGAUGACUGCGGCACAGAGGGAAAAUGAAAAGCUAGAAUUAAUGAAGGAAAUUAACGAGCUAAGGCUGAAAAUAAGUAGAAUGAGAAGUGGUGGUGCAGCACAUGCUCGUAAACUCGAUGCUGCAUUACAAACUGCUAGUGAAGAGGCCCUAUCCCACCUUGUUCAAGCAUCAGGUGCUGUUGCACGGACCAUUGAACUCGCGAAAACAUACAUGAGGGACCGACAGGAACUAGAAAACGAGACUCCUAGGUGGACCAAUAUCAGUGGACAUUCCAAUACAGAGAGAGUUCAUCGAGUGCCACCAAUGAUGAUGGGUGGCCAGUCCAUUCAGCCCGUUGUGUCACUCAGCAGGGCUAUUUUUAAUACUAGUAAUCAAAGGUCUACAUCUAGAAGUCCACACCAGAACAGAAGUAUUACAGGGAGAGCGGUUCCAAUGCAUAUGUUACAAGAUGUGUAUAUACCACUUACUAGGAUAGAUGCUAAUGAUUUACCUGGGAACAAUGUAGAGACUGAGGAUACCAGUAAUGUAGAUGAUAGUACAGACGAUUUAGAACUUGAAGUAAAUUACAGUGGAAGAUUGGAUGCAGUUGCAGAAGAUUUAGAGACUGAAGACGACGCUGUUAUAGUGACCCCACCGCCUAGGUAA